AAUUUUGCUUUUAUAUUUGCAGUAUGAGCGUCAUUGGGUUAUUUUAUGGUCAAUGUGGCAACCAAAUCUGUGAUUCCUUCUAUACUAACAUUUAUAAUGACUUAUCUUUAAAUCCCAAACAUUGUGAUUACUACAGUCAAAGUUUAAACAAGUGGUUUAACGUAACUAAAACCAAAAAACUGGUUCCAAAAUCUAUACUAAUAGACACUGAAAGUAAAACAAUUCUUCAUAAAAAAUCCUGUUAUCAGUUCAGAAAUAUAAUCUCAAAAUCAUCUGGGGGGUCAGCUAAUAACUGGGCUUUUGGGUAUUUCCACCAAAGUAAACUACUGUUAAACGAUACUCUUGAAUGUGUACGAAAAGAGUUGGAAAAAACGGACUUGUUGAGCAGUUUUUUAAACGUUUUUAGUUCGUCAGGAGGCACAGGUUCUGGCGUUGGAAGUUGCAUAGUCGAGCAUUUAAAAAACGAGUUUCCUCAUAAAACAUUUGUUAACGCUUUAAUCCUACCAUAUUCCAGUGGAGAGGUAGUAAUUCAAAGUUACAACAGCUUACUCACUCUGUCAAAGAUAUAUUCAAUUAGUAACGCAAUUUUGAUGUUUGAAAACGAUAGAUUGCACUACAAUUGUAUUAAUUCCCUAAAUAUAAAAGACGUCACUUUUGACGACAUAAAUAAUUUGCUAUCGCACCAAUUACUCUCCGUUUACCAACCAUUAAACGCUCAAACAUCCGAUCUGUUGACAAAAUUGUGCGACAAUUCGCAUAAAUUAUUACAAAUCAGAUCGGCUCCACUUUCAAAACUCGAUUGUGCGUCCAACUGGAAGUCUUUACUGACGUCAAUCUCUCGCCAAUCUCGCUUCGACUUUUUACAAAAAAACCAACAUAAAAGUUUGUCAACGGCUUUGAUAUGCAGAGGAGACCAUAAUCCGAACGAGAAUGAUCUGAAACCGUUUAAAGACUCAAAUUCCUCCAAAACGUUCCAACUUUACCACCAGAAAAGAAAACUGUUUAAUUUGGAAAAUUGCCUCACUGUCGUUUCAAACACUAAUAAUAUUUGCGGCCCCCUUGACUCGAUUUUACAAGACGCGAAGACUCUUUACAAGUUUGGUGCUUAUUUGCAUCAUUAUGAAAAGUUUGGAGUGGGCCAAACGCAUUUUAAGACUGCUUUCGAUACUUGUGAAUCAAUUUUGAAUGAUUAUAAAAAAUUGUAAUUUUUUAAUUUUGUAAUAAAUAUUUUAUUGUG